GAACCUGCGCGACCCCGUGAUUGCGCGCUCCGGGCGGGCUGCGGCUUGCAGAGAAGCGGAGGAGAGACGGAGAGAGAGCACGCCGGGAGCGGAGCGGAGCAGACGAGCGGAGCCGCUGCAGCAGCAUGUCGGCCGCGCAGGUGUCCUCGUCCCGCCGGCAGUCCUGCUACCUGUGUGACCUGCCCCGCAUGCCGUGGGCCAUGAUCUGGGACUUCACCGAGCCGGUGUGCCGCGGCUGCGUCAACUACGAGGGCGCCGACCGCAUCGAGUUCGUCAUCGACACGGCCCGCCAGCUGAAGCGCAGCCAUGGCUUCCAAGAUGGACGCUCCCCGGGGCCCCAGGGGCCCGGAUCCGCCGGCGCAGCCAAGCAGCACCCUGCCGUCCAGGCAGCCCUGACGGCCAAGGACACAGCCCAGCUCAACCACCUGGAUGGGGCCUCCAAGGCCGCGGCCGCCUCCGGGCUGGACCGCUACGGACUGACCGCUGACCGCGGGCGCUUCGAGUACACGCUGGCCGCUGCCGCACGGCUUCCCAAUGGCCUUAACGGCUUCCCUAAGCCGGGAGAGGAUGGGCCCCCGGAGCUGAACCGCCAGAGCCCCAAUUCACGGGGCCGCACAGGCCACGGAUUACUCCCCCAGCUGGGGCCCGGACAGCUGAGCGUGCCCCCAAACCUGCUCCCACAGACCUUGCUGAAUGGGCCGCCCACCGCCUCCUCAUCCGGGGCCCCACAUGUUCUUGGUAGGGGCUCCAGUGGCCUUAAUGUCCCACCUCCCCCAACAGCGACGUCUUCGGGUGACCCCAAGCGCCCCGGCUCCGUGUCCAGCACCGACCAAGAGCGCGAGCUGAAGGAGAAGCAGCGCAACAGCGAGGCCUUGUCCGAGCUGACGGAGAGUCUGCGGAGCCGGACCGAAGAGUGGAACGGGAAGCCCAAGAGCGUGCGGGACACCCUGCUCACCCUGUCCGCCUGCACGCCCUUCGAUGUCCGCUUCAAAAAGGACCAUUCUUUGCUGGGCCGCGUCUUUGCGUUUGAUGCUACGUCCAAGCCGGGCCUCCUGGACUGCGAGCUGAAGCUCUUCGUGGAGUACCCCAGCGGCUCGCUCAACGUCUUCAGCUCGGCCUCUGGGGUGGCCAAGCAGAUGUACCAGGACUGCAUGAAGGACUUCGGCCGCGGCCUCUCCUCCGGCUUCAAGUACCUGGAGUAUGAGAAGAAGCACGGCUCCGGGGACUGGCGCCUGCUCGGGGACCUGCUGCCGGAGUCCGUGCGCUUCUUCAAAGAAAUGGUAGGUGCGGACAUGCUGCCACAGCCCUACCUUGACCCCGGCUGCCCCAUGCUGCCCAGCGCACUGGUCAACCUGCCUCGCGCCCUGGCGGCAGCUGCUGCAGCGGCAUCCUCCUCGGCCGGCGCCAGCAGUCAGGCCAGGGGUGGGGUGAGGAAACGAAAGGCCUCUUCGGAGCCCGAUUCUGCCGAUGGACAGGUGUGGCUUGGUCAGCCAGAUGCCCUCAAACUGGGCCUGUCGGCUGCCGGGGGCGCUCCAUCCUCCUCGUCUUCAGCAGCAUCCUAUGGUGGUCCGGCUCCACCUCCUCCACCCCUUGGGCCUGGGCACCCACAAAGAACCACCCCACCCGAGAGUGCGCCCCCAAAUGGCCCGUCACCUAUGGCAGCACUGCAGUCUGUAACGGACACUCUGGGAACUGCUCACUCUCCCAAGGAUGGUCAGUCGGGUGGCGGACCCCCAGUACACUCCACCACCUCAUCAGCCCGCAGGAAUAGUAGCAGCCCAGUGUCGCCGGCAUCAGUGCCCGGGGCAAGGCGACUGAAUUCUCGGAAUGGUGCCACCUCAGGGGAACUCGGCCUUCCGGUGGCACCCGCAGGUGGAGCGCCUCACCCAGGAAUGGACCAAGUGCACCCCCAGAACAUUCCUGACUCGCCCAUGGCCAACAGUGGCCCCCUCUGCUGUACCAUCUGCCAUGAACGGCUGGAGGAUACCCACUUUGUCCAGUGCCCGUCUGUACCUAGCCACAAGUUCUGCUUCCCCUGCUCCCGAGAAAGCAUCAAGGCCCAAGGAGCAACGGGCGAGGUCUACUGCCCCAGCGGAGAGAAGUGCCCCCUGGUGGGAUCCAAUGUUCCUUGGGCUUUCAUGCAGGGGGAAAUUGCCACAAUUCUUGCAGGAGAUGUAAAGGUGAAAAAGGAGAGAGACCCAUAGUCCCGGGGGACGUGCGGUGACCCCCCUCUAGUCUGCAAGGACAGGUGACCACCGCGGUGGCGAGUCGGGGGUCCUGGACCUUGUACAGUUUGCAUCUACAUCAUCCCAUUGUGGCCUGGAGCCGGCCCUACACGUGACCAGUCCAUCACCAGCUCUGGGGCCAUAGUGGGAUUCGGGACGUUUUUUGGGGGAUAUUGUGCUGGAGUUUCUGAUCCUGAAAAAGCCCCCCAACCCUUGGACCCUCCCCGCCUGGGCAGAACUUGGAUUGUGGCGCACGCGUCCCCACGUGACUGGCGGCCAGAGACGUCUUAUGUACAGAUCUUAUUUUUGUGGUGUCUUUGGGGCGCGCUGGGAUAUUAUUACCUUAUUUCUCCUUUUUUUUUGUCUAUUUUUACAGCUUUUGUGGCGAUGGUGUCCACUUGGUAAUGGUUAUAGCACUUAGCGCUGCUGCUGGUGUCAGUCCUCGUACGUCUUCACACGGUGACCGCUCACCGCCCCCCGCCCUUCAUCUUGAUUUGCCGGGGAGGGGGGAGGGCGUGGAAUCCGCCUAAUUAUUGGUUUGCAGUCUGCUGCAGCUCUACACAAUGCAAUCUGACUAGGGUUAACCCGUGGAGUGCUGGCAGCGGCCUCCAGGCCAGUAAAGGGUUACGCCCCUCUUUCUAUAGAAGACUACAUAUAUAUCUAUUUUUCUUUUGCACGGAUGCUUUUCAGCGGUAGAGCAGAUUGCGGUUGUACAUUUGGGGCGCGGGCGGAUCUCUUUGUCCAGAAUACAUUUCUCUAGUACGACAGACCACUGUUAUGUGCCUUGGAGCUGAUGACAUUGUAAUAAAUCUGAUUCAUAUUAUUGCUUUU